GUUAAUAAUGGAAAUUUACAAUUGUGAAGCACGUAAUUAUAGUAAAAUAAUAAAUAAAAAAGUUGUGCAUGAUAAAAGAUUAACACUUGUUGAACUUAUUGAAAAACUUCAUGAUGCAUUUAAUGUUGAUGUUGUUGAUAUUGAUUAUGUACAAGAUUUAAUGUCAAUGUACAAAAGUAAUCCACAAGAUUGGAAAAAAUAUGCUAAAUUUGAUCGACAUAGAUACACAAGAAAUUUGGUUGAUGAAGGAAAUGGUCGUUUUAAUUUGAUGGUGUUAUGUUGGGGAGAAGGUCAUGGUUCUGGAAUUCAUGAUCAUGCCAAUGCUCAUUGUGUUAUGAAAAUACUUCAAGGUGAACUUUGUGAGACAAGGUACGAAUGGCCAACUGAAAAUUUAGCAACAUCAACAGAGGACAAAGCACUAUGUGAAAUUGAAAAAAAUAAUUUGAAUUUAAAUGAUGUUUGUUAUAUGAAUGAUUCAAUGGGCCUUCAUCGUGUUGAAAAUCCAAGUGUUGUUAAUCCAGCAGUAUCAUUGCAUCUUUAUUCACCACCAUUUUCAUCGUGUUCUGUAUUUAAUAAACAAACUGGUCAGAGAAUUAGUUGCAAGGUCACAUUCUGGUCCAAAUAUGGUGAACGUAGAAAUCGGGAAAUACAAGACAGCAGGUUACCCGAGGACAAUUAAAUAUUUU